AUGGCUGUGCCGGUGACGGAUGUAGAUUUACAGCCAGCUCUGGUGGAGAAUAGAAGGAGAUUAUCACAGAUCAUGGAUUACGGUAACACAAUGGACCUAGGGCAGAAGACUGUGAACAGCCCAGAGGGUGCAGCCCCAGGACCGAUCGGAGGGGCAGGAGUUACCCGGCACAGUCCCGACAAUGAUGUCCCUCUACAAGCCUCCUGUAAGCUGGCCAGGAUGCCCCAGUCUACCUCCAGCGACAGCAAGGGGAUUGUGCCCGAAGAGGGCAGGGCCAGCCUGCUGGAGAGGGCAAGGACUGGGGGAUCCUGCAAAGGCACCCCUACCCACUGUGCCAGGAGGAUGGAUGCUGCCGACACCUUCCCCCUGAAGACCCAGAACAUGGCUGAGAGCAACGGGCAGACCGCCCCGGUGCCCUGCAGGAUAAUGCCCCUCCAGAGCGCAGAAGCAGAGGCCGGCCCGGGCACCGGGAAUAAUGCCAAGGGAGGCUGGGUGCCCAUGAACCAGAGCACUGUGGUGCUAGGAACAGAUGGGAACACGUCUGUCCUGCCUGGCAGCCUCACUGGGGAUGAUGAUGAUGGGGAUGAGAAUAAAGCCAGAGGGAACUGGUCCAAUAAACUGGAUUUUAUUCUGUCCAUGGUGGGCUAUGCUGUGGGACUGGGAAAUGUGUGGAGGUUUCCUUACCUAGCAUUUAAAAAUGGAGGAGGUGCUUUCCUCAUCCCCUACCUGAUGAUGCUGGCUCUGGCUGGAAUCCCUAUUUUCCUUCUGGAGGUGUCCCUGGGACAGUUUGCUAGCCAGGGGCCCAUCUCUGUGUGGAAGGCUAUCCCCGCCUUACAAGGCUGCGGUAUUGCUAUGCUGAUUAUAUCUGUGCUAAUAGCCGUAUACUACAACAUCAUCAUGUGUUACACCAUCUUCUAUCUCUUCGCCUCUUUGGUGUACACCUUACCGUGGGCAUCCUGCGUUAAUCCGUGGAACACGCCUGAUUGUAAAGAUAAAGACAGACUUAUGAUGGACUCCUGUAUUAUCGGAGACCAACCAAAAAUACAAAUCAAGAACAGUACGUUCUGUAUGAGCGCCUAUCCGAACUUGACGAUGGUGAAUUACACCAGCCACGCCAACAAGACCUUUGUCAGCGGCAGCGAGGAAUACUUCAAGUACAAUAUGCUGAAGAUUUCCGCUGGCAUUGAAUAUCCCGGGGAGAUCCGAUGGCCUCUUGUUCUGUGUUUAUUCCUGGCCUGGGUCAUUGUCUACGCAUCUCUCGCCAAAGGGAUCAAGACAUCAGGAAAGGUUGUCUAUUUUACAGCUACAUUUCCAUAUGUGGUCCUUGUCAUCCUCCUCAUCCGAGGGGUAACACUGCCCGGGGCGGGAGCUGGAAUGUGGUAUUUCAUCACCCCAAAAUGGGAGAAGCUGAAAGACGCUAUGGUUUGGAAAGACGCAGCCACGCAGAUAUUCUUCUCCCUGUCUGCGGCCUGGGGCGGACUGAUUACCCUGUCCUCGUACAACAAGUUCCACAAUAACCUCUAUAGGGAUACGAUAAUUGUUACCUGCACAAACAGCGCCACUAGCAUCUUUGCUGGUUUCGUCAUAUUUUCUGUUAUUGGCUUCAUGGCGAAUGAGCUGAAGGUGGACAUUGACAAAGUUGCGGAUCAAGGUCCUGGCAUUGCCUUUGUAGUGUACCCAGAGGCGCUCACCAGGCUCCCACUUUCUCCUUUUUGGGCCAUAAUAUUCUUCCUGAUGCUUCUGACUCUAGGACUGGACACGAUGUUUGCGACCAUUGAAACGAUAGUGACGUCUGUCUCCGAUGAGUUCCCCAAGUAUCUGCGCACGCACAAGGCCAUCUUCACCUUAGUCUGCUGCUUGGCUUUCUUCAUAAUGGGAUUCCCUAUGAUUACCCAGGGCGGGAUAUACAUGCUGCAGCUCGUGGACACUUACGCUGCCUCCUACUCAUUAGUAAUUAUCGCAAUCUUCGAGCUGGUUGGCAUUUCCUAUGUGUACGGGCUGCAGAGAUUUUGUGAAGACAUAGAAAUGAUGAUUGGGUUUCAGCCGAACCGUUUCUGGAAGAUUUGCUGGGCGUUUGUCACACCCACAAUUUUAACUUUUAUCUUGUGCUUCAGCUUUUGGCAGUGGGAGCCGAUGACUUAUGGCACUUAUCACUAUCCGACGUGGUCCAUGGUUCUGGGGUGGCUGAUGCUGGCGUGUUCCGUGAUUUGGAUUCCAAUCAUGUUUGUCAUCAAAAUGUAUCUUGCGCCAGGCAGUUUUAUCGAGAGGCUCAAGCUGGUGUGUACCCCACAGCCGGAUUGGGGUCCGUUUUUGUCCAAGCACCGCGGGGAACGUUACAAAAAUAUGAUUGACCCACUGGGCACCUCCUCGCUGGGCCUGAAACUUCCCCCUAAGGAUUUUGAGCUAGGAACACAAUGCUAGUAUACAUGGUGUCUGUACCUCCGCAGUACAGCCUCCGCCAAUGUCCCAUGACAUCCGUCUACUUCUUCUUUCUCCGACUAUGCCGGUGGUCUCUUAGAUAAACAGUAGGGUCCCUUGUUGCAUGUUGUAGCCAACACCUUAACUGACCGCCUCGCACUCUCGUUGCUUCUCUGUCGUGUCCACCACUUUUGUUUGACUGCCAAAUAUCAGCAGUGCCUCUAAAGAUGGUUGUCCAG